GAAAAGAAACAGAGGUGAGGGGAAUGACGGGGACGGCCUGGAAAGGCGUUUUGUCGGCCAGGGAGGCUCUGGCCAGAGCGAGAAGAGUCGCGCCAGCCGAGUAAGAGAGAGAGUGUGUAUACAGGGAGAUUCGACACCGGCCGGGCUCUUUAUGGGAGGACUGAGCAGGACGCAAGGGGGCCCCGACGGCGCCGCUGCUGCGGGAAAAGGGGCAAUGAAAUCGCCUAGCUGAAGGGAGGCUUCCCGCAGGCGAAAGCGCCGUAGGAGCUGGCGAGGGGGGGCAGCCCUCUGUGGGCGCCUGGGUUGGGGCGGGAGACCAAUGGCCGUGCGCAGCAACAGCACUCCAGCCCCGACGCCUUUCUCCAUCCAAGCCAUCCUCAACAAGAAGGAAGAGCGAAGCGCGCGGAGCUUCUUGCAAGCCCGCCUGCAGCCGCUGCCGUCGCCCGCAGGGGGCGUUGUCAGCAGCCCCGACGUGGCGCCCGCCUGCUGCUGGAGGCUCUUCGGCGAUGAAGCUGCGGCGCUGGCGGCGGCUCUGCAGCACCACCAGUCCCCCUUAGCCCCUGCGGGUUCCAGGGCUCCAGGAUUCGCCGUCUGGGACUCUGAUUCGGUCCUGAGCGAGGAGCAAGAAGGCGACAAAGAGGAGGAGGAGGACGACGACGACGACGAGGAGGACGACGAGGGCAAAUCGCCCUCCGCCGCCCUGAGGCCACGAGAAGGGCCGCCCUGCGGCUCUAGCGCCCGAUCCCUAUCGGAGGGCCCCGGCAGGGAGCCGCCAGCAAAGGAGCUCCACGGACAGUCCCCGGAAGGUCUCAGCGACAGCGAGCUCUCGGCCCGAAUCUCAGAUCGCACCCACCCGGAAGAGCUCGACGACGAGGAGGAGGACAGCAGAGGUGGCGGUAAGUGCUCCAAGCUACUGUCAGAGGAAGAGGAGGCGGCGGCGGCGGCGGCGGCUGGUGCUGGCGCGGCCCCGAUGGCGGCUUCGACGGCGGCUCCGAAGCCACGCAAGAAGCGCUCCCGCGCGGCUUUUUCCCACGCGCAGGUCUUCGAGCUGGAGCGGCGCUUCAACCACCAGCGCUACCUGUCGGGCCCGGAGCGCGCCGACCUGGCCGCCUCGCUCAAACUCACCGAAACGCAGGUGAAGAUCUGGUUCCAGAACCGGCGCUACAAGACCAAGCGGCGCCAGCUGGCCGCGGACCUCCUGUCCUCGGCGCCGGCCGCCAAGAAAGUGGCCGUCAAGGUGCUAGUCCGUGAUGACCAAAGGCAGUAUCACCCCGGCGAGGUCCUCCGGCCCCCGCCUCUCCUCUCUCUCCAGCCCUCCUACUAUUACCCCUACUACUGCCUGCCGGGCUGGGCCCUCUCCGCUUGUGCCGCGGCCGCCGGGGCCACGCAGUGACACCCUUAACCAGGACUCCCGGCCUCGGGGUUGGAUUAAGAGCCGUGGCUUUGGACUAAGGCAGCUGGACAAGACGGGGCGGCGGCGGGGCUAUUCGGAGGCGGGCCAGGGAAGGACAAAAGCCGUGGCCAGCCGCAGAAGCCCCUCGAAUCCUGUCUCUGAACCCCAAAGAAAAUCCGGGUUUUUGGUCUUCCUGCAAAACUGAAGCGGGCCCUCGAGAAGGUGCUGAAUGCAAGCAAGCCCCGGCUCCACCGCUUUUCCUCUCCCGUUUCCCUUCGUGAUUCGAGACAAUCUCGGGGGCAAAAGGGUGAGGAUCCCCCCACACACACACGAACAACGGCAAAGAUCCAAGCCCGUUUUAUCCCCGAGCGCAAUCCCGCAGGACGUUUCCCGGCAGAGCUAGCCCGAUCGGUUUAACCAAGAGCCGCCGCGCGGGAGUCCCGGCUUCAAUGAGGCUUGAAGCAGGAAAACUUCCCGCUGGAUCGUGGCCGAGAUCUUUGUGGCGAGGAUGAAGGAGGAUUGGGGAGAGUUGAGAUUUUAGCACUUUGCGGUUGUAUGAAAUUGUUCUUGUUGUGAUAAUUAUUUUUUAUAUUCAGUGUGAAUGUUUUAGUCGGGCCUGCGGGGUGGGUAGGAAUCCUAUAAUGGGGCCUGUAAUACUCUUCGGUGCCUUCCCCUGUCCCUUCUGCUUCUCCUGUGUCGUUCUCCUUUUGGACAUCUGCACUCAGCUAUGACUAUUUUCUUCCAUAGAAUUGUGAAUAUUUGUUUGUUAAU